CGUUUACAAUAAAUUUGGUUUUACGUACAUUGACAUUACCCAGUAGUCAACGAUUGGUUAUUUUUGAAAAUUAAACAAUAGAUUAUUAAAUUACAAAAAAAUAAAAAUGAGUGUUGAGAAAGAUAAAGAGGCUCAAGGGAGCGUUCAGAAGGUAUCUGGACCUUUGGUUAUUGCGGAAAACAUGGCAGGAACAAAAAUGUUUGAACUUGUGAGAGUAGGAUGGAUUAACAUUGUUGGUGAAGUUAUUCGUUUAGACAAUUCAUCCGCUUAUAUUCAGUGUUAUGAAGAUACAUCUGGUCUUAGCGUUGGAGAUCCCGUUUACAACACAGGCAAACCGCUAUCAGUACAAUUAGGACCUGGUAUUUUAGGUGCUAUAUUUGAUGGUAUACAACGUCCAUUAAUGCGCAUUGCGGAGAUGACGAAUAGCGUUUUUAUUCCAAGAGGAGUCAACGUGAUCGCUUUAGAUGACAAGAAACUUUGGGAUUACACAAAAAACGAAAAACUUCGAGUAGGAGAUCUUGUGACUGGAGGCGAUGUUUUAGGUUCUGUAUAUGAAAACACCUUAUUUAAGAAUCACAAAAUUAUGGUUCCGCCAAAGUCUCAAGGAAGAAUCAAAUUUUUAGCUCCAUCAGGUCAAUAUAAUGUUGUGCAAACUAUAGCGGAAAUUGAAGCACAUGGAAAAGUAGAGAAACUUGCUUUAUCUCACUACUGGCCUGUUAGAGAACCACGACCAGUUCUUGAAAAAUUACCCUCUACUUCACCGCUCUUUACUGGACAACGAGUACUUGAUUGUCUAUUUCCAUGCUGCCAGGGGGGAACAUGUGCUGUUCCAGGAGCUUUUGGUGUCGGUAAAACAUGUAUUUCUCAAGCUUUAUCGAAAUAUUCUAACAGUGACGCUGUUAUUUACGUGGGCUGUGGAGAACGAGGGAAUGAAAUGGCUGAGGUUCUAGCCGAAUUCCCUGAACUUACUACUUUUGUUGAUGGAAAAGAAGAAGGAAUUAUGCAGCGUACUUGCUUAGUUGCAAAUACUUCAAAUAUGCCUGUCGCAGCGCGUGAGGCGUCUAUAUACACAGGAAUAUCUCUUGCAGAAUACUUUCGUGAUAUGGGUUACAAUAUAUCUAUUAUGGCGGACUCGACUUCGCGCUGGGCAGAGGCGCUUCGAGAAAUUUCUGGUCGGCUUGCUGAAAUGCCUGCUGAUAGUGGUUACCCCGCCUAUCUUGGAGCACGUUUAGCAUGUUUUUAUGAGCGAGCCGGUCGUGCGAAGUGUAUUGGGUUCCCUGAUCGUGAUGGAUCCGUUAGUAUAGUUGGUGCAGUUUCUCCACCUGGUGGAGAUUUCUCGGAUCCUGUCACAACGGCUACUAUGUCUAUUGUUCAAGUCUUUUGGGGACUUGACAAAAAACUAGCUCAAAGAAAACAUUUUCCAGCAGUCAAUUGGACAACCUCAUUUUCAAAGUAUAUUAGAGCAUUGGAGCCUUAUUUUGAAAGUAUUGAUCCUCAUUUUGUUGAGUUACGAACAAAAAUGGCAGAGAUUUUACAACAAGAAGCAGAUUUAUCAGAUAUUGUUCAACUUGUUGGCAAAGAUUCUUUAUCGGAGACUCAAAAACUUAUUAUGGAAGUAGCGAAAAUUAUACGAGAAGAUUUUUUACAACAGAAUUCAUUCACUGACUAUGAUUACACUUGUCCUUUCUUUAAGACUGUUGGAAUGAUGAAAGUCAUUUGUCAUUUUUAUGAUCAGUGUAUGAAGUGUAUAAUGGAUACGUCAUCUCGGGAACGACGAAUAACUUGGAGCUGCAUUUAUAAUUCUAUGCGUGAUACUCUAACCAAAAUUAUGUCAAUGAAAUUUGAAUCCCCUCGGCAAUCGGAGGACGUGAUUAAGCGAAAUUUUAAGAUUAUAAUAGAUGAAAUAACUAAUCAAUUGAGAAUUAUUACAGAGGUUUGAUGUAAAGGCUGUGGAUAACUGAAUAUUUUCAUUUUUUUGAGAAUAGUGAAUGUACAAAUAUACCUUGUUUUAAAUUCAGCUGUUUCAUAGAUUUAGUGAUGUGAUUCAACUUAUGCACAAAUAACUCAAUUAUAAUUUUUUAAUUUUUCCAGCGUUUUUA